GGCCGAUAAAAUAUGCAUGGUAUACAGACGAUAGCAAGAGAUGUCGCGAAGCGGGUUCAAUGAGCGUGCGUAUGGACGUCUCCACGGUAUGCCUAAAUUACAGUGGUGGUAUGAAGUCUCCGGGACCAGUGAAGAAGAGGAGAACGGGCAAGGGCAUUCGACGCAGGCGCACUAUUGUGACUGUUGUCGCUCGGUGAUGAUAAUGGUCCCAUCCUUGUGUGUCGUAAGGAUUGCACGAGCAGGCUGCAGCCACGGAGCAGCGUCCUCUUCGAUGACUGGUGAAGGUAGCCGCUGACUCUGCUUCUUCUGCUUUUUCUGUGACUUCUCCUGGGCGCCGGAGAGAAUGACGGUCGAAGAGUCGCCGUCAAGGACUUUCUGCUUGCUUGGAAUGCAACCCAUCAGGACGACGACCAAGGACCGAGAGGGGAGGAUGAGAGAGGUGGUGGGUCACUCGCGGACGUAUUAUUUGAAGAGAACGCGAUGCGUUGCGAGGGGGGUAUGAUCUGCGAUACGCCCUGUGGAUGAUGCAGAUGGCUCGCAAGGCGGCGGUGCCACGGCGCGACAGGGUGCGACCGCAGUAAUCUCCCCGAGCUCCCAGGUACCGUGGAUGGCACUUAUUGCUGAUUGGACCCGUCUGUCGUCAAAAGGGCGGUUGCGAUGAUUGGUUCCAUCAUCGAAGAGACCAAUCGCCUAGCAGCAACGUUGCAGGCGGCGGGUCACUCGACGUCGGAGUCGUGGAAGCGGGCCAAGCGGGUCGUCCCCGCCGGGCGCCCCGCCCUCGCGCUCCUCUCCACGUGGCGCGUACACAUAUGGGCGCUUACGCGUGUCCACUGCGUUGUGCGCUAACGAGGCUAAGGCUGUUACUCCCGUCCUGCUACUCGUCCAUCCACGCCUCCCCUUAAUACUGGUACUUUGAGCGCAUAGGAGGUCUCCAAAGCAUAUUGGCUCGUCAUGGCGAGCAGCGUACUUAAACAGGCGAAUGCAACAUCGCCGACCCUCCAAGAGUCUCAAACACACGCCCUUCUAACGCUCCUCAACCUGAACAAUCAUGUAGAACCAUCAAGUAGCCCUAUUCAACCCUCUGGCAAGAGCACGAGUGCGCUCAAGGUCUCCGCGCCAAGCGGACCUCCCGUCUGGAAGGUACUCGUGCUAGACCAGUACACCAAGGAUGUCCUCGCCACAGUACUACGUGUACAGGACCUCCGAGACGUCGGUGUGACAUUGCAUGUUCAACUGCACUCAAACCGUCCCGCAUUACCUGAUGUGCCUGCUGUGUAUUUCGUAUCCCCUACGCUCGCGAACAUCCGGCGAAUAGCCCAGGAUCUAGAAAAGAGUCUCUACGAGUCGUUCCAUCUCAACUUCGUGGAGCCUCUGCCAAGAUCGUUGCUAGAAGACCUCGCAGCAGCUGUAGCGCGCGACGGGACAGGCGAACUCGUUGAGCAGGUCCUGGAUCAAUAUCUCUCCUUCAUCGCCCCUUCACCAUCUCUGUUCUCUCUCCUUCCUCCACCAGAGUCUACCCCUGCUCCCGGUUCCAAUGCCGCUGCGGGUCCCUCAGCCCCGCCUCCGCCUCACUCAACCUAUGCGGUGCUCAAUUCUCCAGCAUCUGCCGAGCAGCAGAUAGAGGAGGAGGUCGAGCGUGUCGCGACUGGUCUGUUCAGUGUGGUAGUGACAAUGGGUCACGUCCCAAUCAUACGCGCUCCAAAGGGGAACGCAGCCGAGAUGAUCGCGAAGAAGCUGGAGCAGAAGAUCCGCGACGCCAUUCUCUCUUCAGCACGGUCGCACACGCCUUCGCUAUUUGCGCAAGACGCGUCCGGUCUCUCGAACCUCCAACGUCCCCUCCUCCUCAUCUUGGACCGCAAUGUUGACCUGGUCCCCAUGCUAUCGCACGGCUGGACAUACCAGGCACUUGCGUCCGACUGUCUAGAAAUGAGACUCAACCGUGUCGUCGUCGCGCAGCCCCAGAAACGGUCAUACGACCUGGACUCGAAAGACUUCUUCUGGGCGAAGAACGCGGCAAACCCCUUCCCGCAGGUAGCGGAGGAGAUUGACACAGAGCUGAACCGGUACAAGCAGGACGCAGCGGAAAUCACGCGUUCUACAGGCGUGAGCGACGUCAACGACAUUGCACAAAUGGACUUGUCUGCCAACGCCGCACACCUGAAGACUGCGAUCACAGCACUACCCGAACUUACCGCGCGGAAGGCCGUCCUCGACACGCACAUGAACAUCGCGACCGCGCUGCUCGAGGAGAUCAAGCGACGCGGACUCGAUGAGCUCUUUAGCACCGAGGAGGCGAUCUCGAAGCAGAGCGCGCAGGCGCUCCUCGAGUUCCUCCGUAACCCCAAGGCGGACGUUCACCCCACCCCGGCAGACAAGCUCCGGCUUGUACUUGUCUGGUACCUCUCCGUGCCCGAGACCGCGUACUCACGCGACGACGUUGCGGAGCUUGAGAAGGAGCUCAAGGCGGCCGGCGCGGACGUGUCUGCGUUUGACUACGUGCGGCGGACGCGCGAGAUCAUGAAGAUGACCGCGCCGAACGCUUUGGGUGCCUCCACACCUGUGCCUGGUGCGAGCACCCCGGGUGGCGAGCUCUUCAAGGGCUUCAGCGCGCUCAGCAACAGGCUCACUGACCGGCUGAAAGACGGUGGCCUGGAGAACCUCAUCUCGGGCGUAAAGAACUUCCUGCCCGCGAACAAGCUGUUCCCCGUCACCCGCCUAACAGAAGCACUUAUGGACCCAUCCGCCGCAUCGAACCAAUCGCUACAGGAGACGGACGACUACAUCUUCCUCGACCCCCGCGCAUCGCGCAACCAGAAUACCGGGCUUGGUAUCUCUGGAGUGGGUGCUCCUGGUGGCGCAGGCGGAGGCAGCCGCGGGCGCCGCAUGGCGUUCUCGGAGGGCGUUGUGUUUGUCGUAGGCGGGGCCGGGUACGUCGAGUACGGAAACAUCGAGGAGUGGGCGAAGAAGACGGGUAAGCGCGUGGCGUAUGGCGGGACGGAGAUCGUGGACCCCGGAGGGUUCGUGCAGAUUCUGGAGAACCUUGGCAAGGCUACUGCUUAGACAGGGGCGUCGUUAGUAUACUUGUUUGUCCGAGACGCUUCGCUAUAUAAUGCACUCCCUUUGGAUUGUCG